AUGCUAUGUGGCGUCUCAGAUAAUGGCCACCCGGAGAUGUACGGACUCGGGCUCCGCCUCGCCUUCUACCUCCAGUGGUUAGGUCUCACCGUCAUUGAAUACAUGGACGAGUCCGCGCUAGCUCCCGUCCGACUUAUCGGCCUCGCCCUGUCCACAUCGGCCUUUCUCGGACUCCUCCUACAGGCUCCUGCGGGCAACUUGUCCCCGGCCGAGGCCUACCUCGUCUUCCUUCUUGCCGCGAGCACGUACAUUUAUGUCAUUCCUAUCUACAUGUGGAAGACAGUCACCCGGUUCGACUCGCAUUGGGACCCGUUCCAGUGCACGGCCGAGCAACCGAGCCCGAUAUUCAAAGUGCUUGAUUUCAUCUUGAUGCUCGCACUGAGCUGCGUUGGCGUGUGGUACUGGUGUGCAUAUGUGACAGACGGCCGGCUUACCUGCGCAGCGUACGGGUUCUUCUUCAGUCCCGUCUUGAUUAAGAACAAGGCGUUCAUCGCGUUCAAUGCCCUUAUAUGGCUCACCGUGCUGCUCGCGUCAGUUGCCACUCUUCUUCUUCGGGCCCGGCAGGAACUAGACAUCUUUACCGAGAGGAAGAAGAGAUCUCGCCGAGCAAAAUCCAGGCACAAGGUUACCAUCCAGGCGGCCAAGCUUCUCAGCAAUAUCAUCGUAACUUCCGUGCUGAUCGCGGCUUCUGAGCUCACUGUUUCCUGGAACAAACUGCCCCGGGCCAACAGCAUGUCCACUGUGGCCCAGAUCGCUCCCCACUCCUCACUGCCGGGAUCGUGA